UUCCUUUCGCUGUUUUGCUUUCCCAACAGUUUGUCCAAAUUGGCUCUGCCUUUUACUAUCUUCAAUCAUCUCUUCUUCCCCUCACCCCUUUCAUCCAUUUUUAUACAACUCGCAAGCUCGUUAAAUAGCAAACACACUUUCUGUAUUUUUUUGCCUUAUCUGUGUUUUUUUUUUCCGUGUUUUUGGGGGUUUGGAAAAUUUACAAGGCCUUUGCGUGCUUCUCUGUCUUCUGAUAUCUCGUUCUUAGUCAACACUGUUGUGUCCUAUAAAUAUGGAUUUCCAUUCUUCUUGCGCUCCAACCACAUCUCUCUCUGCCACUGGAUGGAUUCCAUUUAUGCUCCGCCACGGGUCUCUCCUCUAAAAUCGCGGUUUUUCGACCAGUCCAGUUACAGGAUCCCGGCUCUUGGCCUCAAGAGAUACUCGUCGGCGAUUCUCUUUUCCGAUUCACCUUCUCAUAAGAAAAUCGGAGUUCGAAGAGCCGUUAGUAUGGGCUCCUUAGGCAGCUCCAAGCCUAAGAUCGUGACUGGACCUGCUGGUUACGUCCUGGAAGAUGUUCCUCAUCUCACGGAUUACAUUCCUGACCUUCCUACCUAUCCCAAUCCACUCCAAGAUAAUCCUGCCUACUCGGUUGUUAAGCAGUACUUUGUGGAUAUAGAUGACACUGUUCCAAGAAAGGUUGUUGUUCACAAAGAUGGUCCAAGAGGGACACAUUUCCGACGUGCUGGACCCCGUCAAAAGGUGUAUUUUGAGUCAGACGAGGUUCAUGCUUGUAUUGUUACAUGUGGCGGUCUCUGCCCUGGACUCAACACUGUGAUUAGAGAAAUAGUGUGUACUUUGCAUCACGUGUAUGGUGUGAGGAAAAUCCUGGGGAUAGAUGGAGGAUACAGGGGCUUUUAUGCUAGAAAUACAAUCCCCUUGGAUCCUAAGGUUGUAAAUGAUGUUCAUAAGCGUGGUGGAACCAUCCUUGGGACGUCAAGAGGGGGCCAUGAUACCUCAAAGAUAGUGGACAGCAUUCAGGAUCGAGGAAUUAAUCUGGUCUUCAUUAUCGGUGGAGAUGGAACUCAACGUGGGGCAUCUGUUAUUUUUGAGGAAGUUAGAAGACGUGGUCUCAAAGUUGCUGUUGCUGGAAUUCCCAAAACUAUUGAUAAUGACAUUCCGGUUAUUGACAAAUCCUUUGGCUUUGACACUGCUGUUGAGGAGGCUCAACGUGCUAUUAAUGCAGCACAUGUUGAAGCUGAAAGUAUUGAGAAUGGCUUAGGUGUUGUGAAGUUAAUGGGUCGCUAUAGUGGUUUCAUUGCAAUGUACGCCACUCUUGCAAGCCGAGAUGUUGAUUGUUGCUUGAUUCCAGAGUCACCCUUCUAUCUCGAAGGCGAUGGUGGACUUUUUGAAUUCAUUGAGAAACGACUGAAGGAAAACGGACACAUGGUUAUUGUGAUUGCUGAAGGUGCAGGACAGGAAUUGGUGUCUGAGAGCAUGCAGUCAAAUACCCUUAAGGAUGCUUCUGGAAACAAACUUCUCCAAGAUUUUGGGUUGUGGAUAUCACAGAAAAUCAAGGAUCAUUUUUCAAAGCAAAAGAAGAUGGCCAUAAACCUCAAAUACAUAGAUCCUACAUACAUGAUUCGUGCUGUUCCUAGCAAUGCAUCUGACAAUGUGUACUGCACACUUCUUGCUCAAAGUGCUGUGCAUGGAGCAAUGGCAGGCUAUACAGGCUAUACAAGUGGUCUUGUGAAUGGAAGGCAAACAUAUAUUCCAUUUUAUAGAAUAACUGAGAAACAGAAUAAGGUUGUGAUUACCGACAGAAUGUGGGCAAGGCUUCUGUCUUCGACAAAUCAGCCAAGCUUUUUAACUCCCAAGGAUGUUAUUGAAGACAAGAAAGAGGAAGAACCAAUGAGUCAAUUGCUGGAUAAUGCCUCUUCUAUUCAAGCUGAAUUGGUGAACAAAGAGAUUACUACAUGAAUUACAACGAUACCAAGAAGAUCAAUUUAUCGGUUCUGUCAUUGUUUAGCUGCGAGUGAGGAUCAGUAAGCUCUCUCAAAAAUAUCCUGUCCCCUGCCAAGAUAGAUUCUAUUGUUAUAUGUGUUAUUUGGUGGUACAUAGCUGCGCUUAGUCUUAUCGAUGCUCAUGUUAAAGAGAUUAGUGUGCUUCGAUCAUGUAACUUAUAUUGGUUAAGAGAGUUUGUGGCUGUGACAACAAAUUUCAGAUGGAAAGACAAAUUAGUAGUUUGGGAUCCUUGUUCAGAAACGAAUUAAUAAAUGGUAUUUGGGUAAACUUCUCCUUUUGGGGA